CUGAUUGCGGGGUAAACUUCCAAUUCGGCAACGCCAACUUCGGUACUACCAAGCAUCAACCUGAUUUGAGGACUAUCAUGGACUAUUAUGGGAACUAAUAUUUCAUACGACGGCUCUAACUCGGGGCUUCAAAUCGGAGAGAACCAUGGCGAUAUUACUGCUCAGUUCGUGCAACCGGAGGCGUCAUUGAAUCAAGCGUGCUUGCGGGAUCUGCGAACGACCAGUCCACAUGAUGACAAGGACCGCAUCGAACAAACCAACGGAGGGUUGCUCAUAGACUCGUAUCGAUGGAUUUUAGACAACGAGCAGUUCAAACAGUGGCAAGACAACCAGAGCAGCCGUCUCCUCUGGAUCAAGGGUGAUCCUGGCAAAGGCAAGACAAUGCUACUGUGCGGGAUCAUCAACGAACUGACCAGAUCGAUCGGGGAUAAUGCAAAUCUCGCCUUCUUUUUUUGCCAAGCUACGGACGUACGAAUCAAUAGUGCAACAGCCGUCCUUCGUGGCCUGAUAUAUUCACUGGUCGUGAGGCAGGCAUCGCUUCUCUCCCAUGUGCGGAGCCGGUACGAUCAAGCUGGAAAGACCCUAUUUGAGGACAUAAACGCAUGGAAUGCGCUCUCAAAGAUCUUCAACGAUAUGUUGAAAGAUCCCACCCUACAGAAUACUUAUCUGGUGAUCGAUGCGCUAGACGAAUGCACAAAGGACCUCCCUCUCCUUCUGAACUUAGUUGUCCAGGAAUCAUCCACCUACCCACACGUGAAGUGGAUUGUCUCGAGCCGCAACUGGCCUGGUAUCGAAGAGCGUUUGAAUACUACAACUCAGACAGCGCCUAUCUCAUUAGAGUUAAACGAGUUAUCCGUUCAUAACGCUGUGCAACAGUUCAUUCGGCAUAAGGUCCACCAAUUAGCAGAAGUCAAAAAGUAUAAAGAUGAAAUGCGUGAUGUUGUUUACCGUCACUUAUCGUCACACUCACAAGGCACUUUCCUCUGGGUCGCCCUAGAGUUCCCUCCUGGACUAGAUGCUUUAUACGGUCGAAUGAUUGAUCAGGUUCGAACGUCUGAAGAUGCUGAGAUCUGCAAGCGAAUACUGGCUGUUAUGUUAAUUGCGUAUCGUCCUAUUACUCUUGAUGAACUAACUGCCCUAGUUGAAAUACCUGAUGAUCUCUCCGAUGACGAUGAAGCUUUACUGGAGAUUAUCGCACUUUGUGGCUCGUUCCUGACUUGGCGUGAGGACUUUAUUGUUUUCAUUCAUCAGUCUGCAAAGGAAUUUCUACUCGAAAAGGCACGGAUCGAGGUGUUUCCGGAGGGCCAAGAAGCACAACAUCUUGCAAUUUUCUCGCGAUCUCUACAAACUAUGUUCAAGACACUUCAGCAUAAUAUCCUCGAUCUUAAGCUUGGAGUUUCAACCGAUGGAUUCACACAUCUACGCUCUAAUCCUUUAACAGCAGUAAAAUACUCGUGUGUGUAUUGGGUUGAUCACCUUUUAGAAGGUUGGUGUGGUGAAGACGAGUAUCAUAGCCUUGAUGAUGGAGGCUGUGUGUAUAGGUUUUUACAGCAGAAAUAUCUUCACUGGCUCGAAAGCCUCGGGAUUUUGGGAAGCGUACUAGAAGGAAUAACCGCUAUGCUGAAGCUAGAGGACUUACUCCAGAAAAAAGGAGAGUCACGGGAUCUGCUAGACCGAGUUCAAGACGCGUCCCGAUUCAUUCGAUACCACAGAAAUGCGAUCGAAAUCAGCCCCCUUCAGGUAUACAGUUCGGGACUUGUCUUUAGCCCAACUCAAAGUACCACCAGGACAUGUUAUCAGAAAGAGAAACCCGAUUGGAUUUUGAACAGUCCAGUAGUAGAUGGCAGCUGGAGUUCAUGUCUUCAAACCCUCGAGGGACAUAGUGACUCGGUCACGUCGAUUACCUGGUCGCCAGAUGGCAGCCGACUCACAUCAGCGUCCUACGAUAGGACCGUGAGGAUCUGGGAUCCGGCCACUGGUCAGUGCCUGUCUACCCUCGAGGGACAUAUUGACUCGGUCACGUCGAUUACCUGGUCGCCAGAUGGAAGCCGACUCGCAUCAGCGUCCUACGAUAGGACCGUGAGGAUCUGGGAUCCGGCCACUGGUCAGUGCCUGUCUACCCUCGAGGGACAUAGUGACUCGGUCACGUCGAUUACCUGGUCGCCAGAUAGAAGCCGACUCGCAUCAGCGUCCUACGAUAGGACCGUAAGGAUCUGGAAUCCGGCCACCGGCCAGUGCGCGUCUACCCUCGAGGGACAUAGUGACUCGGUCACGUCGAUUGCCUGGUCGCUAGAUGGAAGCCGACUCGCAUCAGCGUCCUACGAUAAGACCGUCAGGAUCUGGGAUCCGGCCACCGGCCAGUGCGCGACCACCCUUGAGGGGCAUAGUGGCUUAGUCACCUCAAUUGCCUGGUCGCCAGAUGGAAGCCGACUCGCAUCAGCGUCGAGUGAUAAGACCGUCAGGAUCUGGGAUCUGGCCACUGGCCAGUACGCGUCUACCCUCGAGCGGCAUAGUAGCUUCGUCAACUCGAUUACCUGGUCGCCAGAUGGAAGCCGACUCGCAUUAGUGUCCUACGAUAAGACCGUGAGGAUCUGGGAUCCGGCCACUGACCAAUGCGCGGCUACCCUCGAUGGGCAUAGUAGCCGGGUCACGUCGAUUGCCUGGUCGCCAGAUGGAAGCCGACUCACAUCAGCAUCUCAUGAUGAGACCUUGAGGAUCUGGGAUCCGGCCACUGGUCAGUGCCUGUCUACCCUCAAGGGACAUAGUGACACGGUCACGUCGAUUGCCUGGUCGCCAGAUGGCAGCCGACUCGCAUCGGCGUCGGCUGAUAACACCGUCAGGAUCUGGGAUCCGGCCACUAGCCAGUGCGCGUCUACCCUCGAGGGACAUAGUGACUUGGUCACGUCGAUUGCCUGGUCGCCAGAUGGAAGCCGACUCGCGUCAGCGUCGGCUGAUAACACCGUGAGGAUCUGGGAUCCGGCCACCGGCCAGUGCGGGUCUACUAUCGAGGGACAUAGUGACUCAGUCAACUUGAUUGCCUGGUCGCUAGAUGGAAGCCGACUUGCAUCAGCGUCGAGUGAUAAGACCGUCAGGAUCUGGGAUCCGGCCACCGGCCAGUGCGCGUCUACUAUCGAGGGACAUAGUGACUCGGUCAACUCGAUUGCCUGGUCGCCAGAUGGAAGCCGACUCGCAUUAUCGUCCUACGAUAAGACCGUGAGGAUCUGGGAUCCGGCCACCGGCCAGUGCGCGACCACCCUUGAGGGGCAUAGUAGCUUAGUCACCUCAAUUGCCUGGUCGCCAGACGGAAGCCGACUCGCAUCAGCGUCGAGUGGUAAGACCGCCAGGAUCUGGGAUCUGGCCACCGGCCAGUGCGCGGCUACCCUCAAGGGGCAUAGUAGAGGGGUCAUGUCGAUUACGUGGUCGUCAGAUGGAAGCCGACUCGCAUCAGCGUCGAGUGAUAAGACCGUCAGGAUCUGGAAUCCUGCCACCGGCCAAUGCGUGUCCACCCUUGACAUUCACUCUUAUCACUUCCUCCAAUUUGAUAGAAGUACGCCCACCCAUCUUCACACAGUGAUUGGCACCUUAAAUUUAGGGUCCACUGAGCCUGUUGCGCCCGGCGCCAGUCGUUUGACCCUACCAAAAAUACAUGGGUUUGGCUUGAGUGGCAACAUCUCCUGGAUAACCUUUAAUGGAUCAAACCUGUUGUGGUUGCCUCCAGAGUAUCGACCAUCCAGCCCUUCUUCAUUUCGUAUAUCUGCAGCAACGGUGGCAAUCGGUUGUUCAUCAGGCCGUGUCAUAUUCCUCGCACUCUCAGACACAACCCCCUAUCUAGGGUAUAUAUAG